AUAGGGUAAGGGUCCAGUUUCACGCAGCCUUAUGGUACGGAGUAAUAAGGCACUUUUCAUCUGUAGUAUUUUGCUUGCAAGUUGAUGAUAAGAAAGUUGUGCAACAUGUAAUACUUUGGUAUAUAUUUACAGGAAAGUGUAAUAACAUCAUCAUAGAAAAGGCAUAAGAAAUAAUCUGCGCCAACAGAGAUCAGGGGCAGAACAGUCAAUAGGGAAAUAUAGUGAUCGGGUUGAGGCCUGGGGACAAAGCUCCAAGAUAACUCUUCUGCCCAAAAUUUUUUAUUCUCACUGAAAAAAGUACAAAGCAACAAACUAGAACUGAAACAUGUCAGGAAAGAUUCUUCCAUUGUCUGAGUCUGUGCGCUCAAAGCUGCGUUCGGGCAUCACAAUCACCUCUGUUGCCCAGUGUGUGGAAGAAAUGGUACUGAACAGCAUUGAUGCCAGUGCCACGUGCAUUGCCAUUCGAAUUGAUCCAGCCAUUUUUCGCAUCCAAGUUGUAGACAAUGGUGAUGGUGUCACAGAAGAGAAUCUAAAGUUGUUAGGUAAAAGACAUGCCACAAGCAAAUGCCAUAGCUUGGACGAUCUUAAUUCCAACUUGGGGCAUUAUGGCUUCCGAGGAGAGGCCAUGGCCAGUCUAGUGGAAGUGGCUGCCAUUGUGGACAUCACCACACGACCACGGGGAUCAGUGCAAACCUUGACCAAGAUUUUUGCCUAUGGCAAAGAGAAGUCCAUUAGUGUUGCUAAAGUACCCAGGCCAAGUAUUGGAACCACAAUAACUGUCCAAGAUUUUAUGUACAACAUGCCUGUCCGCCGAAAGUUGAUGAAGGAGGCAAUUGACAUUGAGAACAUAAGAGUACGAUUGGAAAGCUUUGCCCUCAUUCACCCAAAAAUAUCACUUAGUCUAAGAAAUGACAAUGGCCAGUCGAAGGUGAUGCACACUAAUAAAUCAAACUCUACUUUGUCAACUUUCAUGCAGCUGUUCGGUUUGGAGAAGUCACAGGGUCUAGUAGAGGUUGAACAUACUGUUGAUCAGUUUACAGUAACAGGUUACAUCAGUGUCCAGCCACACCUGACCAAGGCCCUGCAGUUUAUAUAUGUGAAUAAGAGAGUUGUGCUGAAAACAAAAAUACACAAGAUGAUGAACUAUCUUUUGGCACGCACAUCAAUCAUAAGCAAUAGACUCCACCCAGCAACACCUCUCCAAGGAAAAUCUCCUUCUAGCCCACCAAAGGGUUUGAAAUUGCAUGGCAUAUACGUAAUCAAUAUUGAGUGCCCACCAAAAGAGUAUGACAUAUGCAUGGAUCCCACAAAGACUCUUGUAGAAUUCAGGGAUUGGGACAAGCUUCUUCUCUGCAUAGAAGAAAUGGUUAUUAAGUUUGCUGAGGAGGAGAGAUUGGCCAUAUCUCUUGACGAGCGAUUCAGAAGGUCAGGGCGGGACCAGGGAAUGAUUGAGGAGGAGAGUCAGGCUGAGCCUCAUAGCAGCCAAGCUCUGUUACAGGUAUUUAGUCUCAAAAGAUCAGGAGAAAAUAGUAAAUGGAAAGGAGAGCCUCAGGAGAAAUAUGGUAGAACACUCUGUACUUAUGAUAACUUGUCUGCAGUUCACAGUAUCCCGGUCAGAAGAAAAAAUAAUGAGAAGAAGAACGCUCAGAGAUAUAAUGAGAUAGAUUCGGGUGAUGAUGAUGAAACUGUACUGAGAGCUGUUGAAAGUAAAGAGAUAGAUGAUGAAAGUUGUCAUCCAUCAGAAGUAUGUCUAAGUAAAGAAACUGAUGAUCUUAAUUCAGAAAGAACAAGUGAAAUUUGUGAUAACAAUUCUCCUCCAAGUUCCAUCUCAAAGCAAAACUUAUCACCAAGAAUACUAAGUACAAGAAGUCCAGAGAAAAUUCAAGAAGCCAAAAAUAAAGUCCGCAGUUCUUUAGAUAUGUUUAGGAGAAUGGUUACUCAAAGUGACAGUGACACAACCAGUCCACAUCCUUCUUGUGAAGAUCAGUCUGUGAGUAAGGCAACUGUGUUAAGAGAAACAGGAAGGUCAAAUAGUGAAACACACGAUGAAGCAAACAAUAAAGACAGCAACAAAAAGCGUAGCUCUUUAGAGGAAUUUAAAAGUUUUUAUACUGAAGAUCUGAAAAAAUGUAAACAGGAAUCAUAUGAAACUCCCCAGGAACUAAUCAGAAGCCCUCCCAGGGAGCCACCACCUCUUAGAGUAGCACCAUCCCCUCCUACUUCUACAGAAGAUACAUCACAAGAUACAUCACAAGAAGUUAGCAUGGAUCCAAUAAUAAAAAAUUUGGGAGGAGAUGAAGAGCAAAAAGAGAAAAAAUCUCUCAGCAAAACCCUCAGUGAAGGAUGGAAGAAGCAUCAAGCAAAAGCUAAAUCCUUAAAAUGUCUUCAGAAAUUUGAAUUCCAAAGGAAAUCAUCUAAUCAGUCCAUAUGCAUCAACAAGAGUACAAGUCAUGAAGUGGCACAGAGAGGUAAGAAAAGUCCCAAAGCAGAUUUCAGCAACACUGAACCCAAGACCAGGUAUCAGACCAGGAAGUCCUUACAUCAGAAAAUGAAAGAUUCAGUCACAGUCCAAACGUCAGAUAGUGAAUCUGAUAAUGAUGCCAAUGGAAAAGCUCUUCACAAGGAAUCCAGAAAAUAUGUGGAUCUAGACUGCAGCUUCAAAUUCCAGCCAGUACUAGAGUCAGAAAUCAAGGAGGCUAAGUUUCCCAAAAAUGCAGAGAUUCUAGAUGAUACAGUUAGCCAGACUAGACUAGAGAGAAGCUUGGGUUCUAGAAUAGUCACAUUAUCUAAAGAGCCUGAAGAGAUAUCUACACAAGAUGCAGUGGAAAAUGAUUAUAACAAGUGCAGUGAAAUAGGUGAUGACAGAGAGGAGAUCCAGAGAUUUAUUCCAGAUGAAAACUGCGUGGAAAACAAUAAAAAUCAUGAAGUCCAUGAACCUUUGAUAUCACAAACAAAUGAUAUAGAAGCAUUUACAACCGGUAAUAAGCCCGAAUUUGGUCACCAAGCAUUAAACGAAUCUGAAGAGAUGAAAAAGAAAAUAUUCCAGACAGUUUCUGAACAGGGAGAGAUGUUUUCAAUAACUCAUACUGCAAAGAAGAAUUUGGAUUACUACUGUAAAGAAAUAUCCCCAACACAACCUUUUGUCAUUGAAGGUAUCUCCAGUGGAAAAAAAUAUGAGACUGGCAGUACACAGCAAGUUAUCACAGGCCAAAGUUCAAACAAAGUUCAAGAUGAUGCUAAAGAAAGCAGUGCAUUUUUGUCUGAUUUUAUUGAUAAGGAUGCUGUGGACUCUGUAGUCAAAUGUAAUUUAAGAGGUAAUGACCUAGAUGUAGCUGAUGCCCCAAAGAAUGUUGAACAGUUAAAGGUGUGUAAUUUGGAAAAUGUUAAUGAUGUUAAUAUGAAGUAUGUUGGAGAACAUCAAACCAUUUGCAACUCAAUAGGUGCUUACAACAUACAAGAGCAUUGUGAAACCUUACCUCUUUCUAAAAACAAUUAUCCAAAUACUGAAGUAAACUUCAGACUUUGUGAAUCAACAUCACAGCUUAGCAGUGCUGAAGAUGCUGGUACAGAAAGCCAUAUAUGUAAUGAAAAUGUUGCAGGUAUCAGAAGUAGUGAUGAGUAUGGUCAAAUGGAGAUGAAGAGCCACAAUAAACAUAUCCAGUCACCUCCUCUCAUUUCAUCAGAUAACCCUGGCUCGCAGAAUCCCCUGUCUGCAUCUCUCCAUUUUUCAGAGCUCUCCAUACCUAGCACCAGAGAUUCUCCAUCAAUUUCUCAGUGUGCAUCAUCACUUGCUGAUACUUGUAAUGCUAAAACUCUUUUUGGCUCUAGUGUUCCAAGCCUUAGCAGUGACAGUUCAUGCGUGACAGAGAAAUCAGAAAGUACAAAAAGCAAAUUUCCUUCUUAUAACAUAGUUUUCCAUGGCAAAAUGAUACAUAUUGAUGGUAAAAAUCAAUCAGCAGUACCUACAGAUCAAGGAGUUUGUCAUACAGUAAGUCGAGAAACAUCACCCAAGCAGCUGGAGCAAAAUAAUUCAAGUUUAGAAUCAGAAAACUUGCUCAAAAAAACAUCUGGAAAAGAGAAAGAUGAUUUAGAAGAAUCUGAUGUUCCUAGUAGGAGCUCAAGUGAUACAGAGUUACAGAAUUCAGAGGAUAGGGUUUGUAACAAAGAGGCAACAAGCAAAAAUAAUCCAGCAUAUUUGCAGGAGGACAGUAGUUAUGACAUGACACACAGCUCUAAAGCUAACUGCAUAACAGAACAUGAUCCAAACCAGUCGACAAGUAAUUAUCUCAGAAAUUUGUGGAAGGAAGCAACUGAUGACAGUGGAAGGAAAGUCUACAUAAACCUCCAGACAGGAAACACUUCUUAUGAAGCUCCAGUUAUUAAGGAGAUGCCAGAAUGGACGAGCAGCCAGCCACAAGGGGCCCCAGUUCUCAAGAUCCCUUUAUCUGAAGAACCUGAAGCUGAAGGAAGCCACCAGAAACAAGAUUUUGUCCUCACACAUGGAUAUAGUGCCUUCAUGUCAUGGAAAAAGAGAAGGGAAAUGGAGAAGAAGAAAGUACUGGAAAAGUCAGAGAUUAAUGUGUCAGGCAUUGCUUAUGAUAACAGCAGAGAUACAAAGCAGGAUCAGUUUAGGCAAGAGGCCAUCAGCAAAGAAGGAGAAGAAUGUGAGUCCCUAAUAUCUUCAGGAAUGAAGGAAGCUAUACAGUCCAUAUUGCAGGACUCUGAAAUGGAUGACGAUUCCAUUAAGUGGUCCGAGAAACCAUCAAAUUUAGGCAGUAUUGAGGAAGACUCAUCAGAAGUGGCCCAAAUCUGUCAAGAAUGGGAGCCACCAACAUUCGCCAUGGAUGCAGAUAUACUGAGUUCAAAAGUUCAGGGAACAGGAAGUGAACGAGGAGUGAAUAAGGACUCAUCUGUAAAGAUAUAUAACAUUGUCCAUCCAUACAAGUUCUCUCAAGAAAUGCUUCAGACCUGCAAGGUAUUAGGCCAGCUGGACAAGAAGUUCAUAGCCUGUGAAAUUACUUACACUUCUUCUGAUCCAACUCUACACAAAGUGAAUGAAAUUAUAGUACUUUUUGACCAACACGCAGUCCACGAGAGAGUGCGUCUUGAGACCCUCACUGAAGAGAACUAUGAAUCCCUAGAAAAUGGAGAGCGUGUAAUUCGCACUUGUAUGAUUACACCACCCUUGGAAAUGACCCUGCCUGAGAGUGAAGUUAGGCUGAUGAUGGCAUACACAAGAACAUUCAUACAGUGGGGCCUUCAUUUCACACAGGUCAGUGCAUCACAGGUGAAUUUCCACGCUAUACCAAGUAUUCUGGUUGCACGGGAACGACAUGAGCUUCGUCAGCGUCGCUGCCAGUCAGCGACAGCCAUUAUUGAGAGCAUUGUGCGAGAUGUUUGUUACACCCUGCACCAGACAGGUGGUGUUGUCUCAACAAUGCCAAAACCCUUAAUGAAUGUUCUUUGCAGUCAGGCUUGCAGAGGAGCUAUCAAGUUUGGAGAUGAAUUGAGUUAUAACGAGUGUGAAAAUCUAGUGAAAUCACUGUCCUCAUGUGCACUGCCCUUCCAAUGUGCCCAUGGACGUCCCUCAAUAGUCCCUGUGGUUAAUCUGACGCACCUUGCAAAGGGAAAUAAAAGAGAAAGAAAACCCAACUUGCACAAGCUGAGAGAAGCUAUUGAGGAGGAAAUGUUAGGUGAAGAGAACAUGGACUAGUUGAUUUGAAAAUGAAAAAUCUUCCAUGCACUUAAUGGAAUGGGGUUUGUUUGUGUGGAAAUGAGGACAUUUUCUACAAUGUAAUCCUUAAAUUUGUAUGUUUGUCUUGACAUUUUAUUUGUAAAAGUAGGUCAGUGUAAUCCAAAACAAGUUUCAAAGAUACAAAUUUGGUACAUAUACAUUUUGAGGUUGAGUAGGAUUCAAGUUAUUUAUAUAUAAGACUAUCUUGCUAGGUAACAGAAAUCUUUUCUUUUCUGUGCAAGUGCCUUACUGGAAGAAUAGGUUGUGAUAUUUAUUUUAAAUUAAGUUUGGUUAAAUAGAUUUUGAGAAGUAGCUUUUCAAAAUGUAUAUAUUUUAAUAUACUAUAAACUUUGUUAUAUGUUGUUAUCCAAGAAGAUCCCUUUAAAAGGAACUUCUUCUU